AUGGGGUCUGUGGGGUCCGUAUGGGGUUAUGGGGUCUAUGGGGUCUGUGGAGUCCGUAUGGGGUCUGUGGGGUGUGUGGGGUUAUGGGGUCUGUGGGGUCCAUAUGGGGUCUAUGGGGUCUGUGGGGUCCGUGUGGGGUUAUGGGGUCUGUGGGGUGUAUGGGGACUGGGGGUCUGAGGGGUCUGGGGGAUGUAUGGGGUUAUGGGGUCUGUGGAGUCCAUAUGGGGUCUGUGGGGUCCGUAUGGGGUUAUGGGGUCUGUGGGGUCCAUAUGGGGUCUGUGGGGUCCGUGUGGGGUUAUGGGGUCUGUGGGAUGUAUGGGGUCUGGUGUGUGGGAUCUGUGGGGUCCGUGUGGGGUUAUGGGGUCUGUGGGUAUAUGGGGUCUGUGGGAUGUAUGGGGUUAUGGGGUCUAUGGGGUUAUGGGGUCUGUGGGGUCCGUGUGGGGUUAUGGGUCCAUAUGGGGUCUGUGGGGUGUGUGUGGGAUGUAUGGGGUCUGUGGGGUCCGUAUGGGGUUAUGGGGUGUGUGGGGUGUGUGGGGUGUGUGUGGGAUGUAUGGGGGUGUGUGGGAUCUGUGGGGUCCGUGUGGGGUUAUGGGGUCUGUGGGUAUAUGGGGUCUGUGGGAUGUAUGGGGUUAUGGGGUCUAUGGGGUGUAUGGGGUCUGUGGGGUGUAUGGGGUUAUGGGGUCUGUGGGGUCGGUCUGGGGGAUGUAUGGGGUUAUGGGGUCUGUGGGGUCCGUGUGGGGGGUGUGGGGUGGGUAUAGGGUAUGUGGGAUCUGUGGGGUCCGUGUGGGGUUAUGGGGUCUGUGGGUAUAUGGGGUCUGGGGGAUGUAUGGGGUUAUGGGGUCUGUGGGGUCCGUAUGGGGUUAUGGGGUCUGUGGGGUGUAUGGGGUCUGUGGAGUCCAUAUGGGGUCUGUGGGGUGUGUGUGGGAUGUAUGGGGUCUGUGGGGUCUGUAUGGGAUUAUGGGGUCUGUAUGGGGUCUGUGGGGUCUAUGGGGUCUGUGGGGUGUGUAUGGGGUCUGUGGAGUCCAUAUGGGGUCUAUGGGGUCUGUGGGGUCUGUGGGGCCCGUGGGGUGGGUAUGGGGUCUAUGGGGUGUUGUGGGGUUAUGGGAUGGGGGGGGUCUAUAUGGAGUUAUGGGGUCCGUGGGGUGUUUGUGGGGUCUUUAUGGGGUCUAUGGGGUGUUUGUGGGGUCUGUAUUGGGGCUGCGGGAAGCCGGCGUGGCCGUUUGGGUGAUGGGGGCCGGGGGGAACGCGGCCGGCGGCGAGGAUCUGAACGAAGCUUCGGAAGCGGCGCCGGCGGAGCUGGGAGCGGAGGACGUUUGGAAGCCGCCCGACAUGGGGGAAACGGCGCUGUACAUCUUCACCUCCGGCACCACCG